AUGAAAGGUCCAGUCGAUCGGAGAUUUUCUCUUUUCUUUUUCGAGAAAUUCCAUCUCACCGCUGUCCACUCACAGACCGGAGAAUACCGAAUCAAAUCCCGACAAGUCGCGCGCAAAGUGUUACCCUAG